AUGGCCGUGGGCCUCGGCUGGCGCGACGCCCUCAUCAUCAUCGCCAUCUCCUUCUUCAUCAUCUCAUUCGUCAUCGCCGGAAAUGGUGCCGUGGGUGCCAUCUACCACAUUCCAUUUCCCGUCAUCGCCCGCGCCAGCUGGGGCUUCUGGGGCUCGUACAUCGCCAUCGUGUCGCGGGUCAUCCUGGCGCUGUUCUGGUUUGCCAUUCAGAACGUCAAUGGUGCGAAUGCCGUGCGCGCCAUGAUCGGCGCUAUUUGGCCCAGUUUCCUCACGCUGGAAAACGAUAUCCCGGAGAGUGAGGGUAUCACGACGAAUGGGAUGGUGUCGUACUUGAUCUUCUGGCUGGUACAGUUCCCGUUUCUCUGUAUUCAUCCGAAUAAACUUCGGUGGUUGUUUAUGGUGAAAUCCGUGCUGGUGCCGAUUGCCUGGAUCGCAAUCUUGAUAUGGGCUUUUGUCGCCGAAAGUGGUGGAGGAUUACUGCAGCAGAAAGCGACAGUGUCCGGGUCGAAAUACAGCUGGCUGUUUCUGGCUAAUAUGACCAGUGUACUGGGGAACUAUGCAACACUCAGCGUCAACCAGUCCGACUUCUCCCGCUACUCCCGCGUCACCGCAAAAUGGCAACUCCUCUACAUCCCCAUGCUCCCCAUGAUAUUCACCUUCCUAUCCUUCAUCGGCAUCGUCGCCUCCAGUGCCGGCUAUGCCCGUUACGGCGGCGACACCAUCCCCUGGGACCCAAUCGUACUCAUCAGCCACUGGAGCAGUCGAGCCUGUCGGUUCUUCGGGGCCUUCAGCUUCGCCCUCGCGUCUCUGGGCGUGAAUAUCUCGGCGAACUCGAUCUCCGCGGCCAAUGACCUCACGGCCCUCGCUCCGGGGUAUAUCAAUCUCCGGCGCGGGCAGAUCAUCUGCGGAUUACUGUCGUGGUGUCUGGUUCCGUGGAAGAUUCUGGUCUCGGCGGGCAACUUUUUGAAUUUCAUGUCUGCUUAUGCGAUCUUUCUGGGGCCGAUUGCGGGGAUUAUGUUGUUUGAUUUCUGGGUGUUGAAGGAUAGGAAGUAUGAUACGUUGGCGUUGUAUCAGAUUGAGAAUCCGACAUAUCGGUAUGGAGGGAGGUGGUGGUGGGGUGUGAAUUGGAGGGCUGUGCUGGCGUUUGUGGUGGGUGUGGCGCCGAAUCUGCCCGGGUUGAUUAACUCGGUGAAUAGUGAAAUUGGAGUUGGGGUGGGUGUCCAUCCGUAUCAGUUUGGUUGGCUGUUGGGGUUUGUGGCCACUAGUCUCGUGUAUGUGAUUGUGUCGGUGGUGUGUCCGGCGAGGGAGGCCUUGGUGGAGGUGGCGGUUAUGCCGGAGGAGGUUUAUGAUGCUAGGGAGAGAGAGGAGGGCGAUGGGAGUGCGGAGGAUCAGGAGAAGGGGGAGGUGAGGGAGAAGGUGGUCUCUUAG